ACGAAACACGGGUAGUUCGAAAAACUCGCGCACCUAGAAGAUAUUGAUGUCAACUUUAGCCAGUUUUCUCCGAGACCACGGGGACAACGCCGUCCUCGAAACGUCGGAGCAGUAGCCGUGACUGCAAUGGCACGAACGACAAGAUACCCUCUCGGGCUGCUGACGUCGCUCGACAGCAGCACGACGAGUGCGACGGCGGCGGCGGCGCCCACCGCCGCUACCGUCACAGUUGCCAAGCAAAGUGCCAACAACAAACGGCCUACACCUAUCAUCAUUUAUCCGACCGUGACUCCGGAAUCAAUAGUGGUGCCGAUUGUGUCAUGCAUAUUCGGUUUUCCAUUGCUGGCAUUGACCGUUAUAUGUUGCCUUCGAAGAAGAGCGAAACUGGCUAGAGAACGAGCUCGACGCCGAAAUUGCGAUCUAGAUCGCGGCGAGCUGUCCGUGGUGCGGCUAUCACCUGUGAAAGCGCGGGCGCGCGCGGUCAGUCUGGCGCGGGCCUCGCGCCCGCUCCCGUCCCUCGAGCUGGACACCGUGCUAGAGGAGCGCUCCGACCCCGAGCAGACGACGUUGUCGCAAGUGGAGAUGACUCCAGACCGUGAAGUGGGCGCGAUCCUAUUCGGCGCGGUGGGCGCAAUAGGCACGGCGGCGGCAACGGCGGCCGCGUGUGCGCGCGACAGCUAGCGCCGGGGCUCGGCGCAGCUCGGCGCGCGCUCGCCGCUCUGGGCCGCGCUGACCAGCCAGCCACUGGACGCUGACGACCCCGACCCCGAUGACCUGGACGCGAACGCGGAAGACCCCGAGCUGGAGAUUGACGAGCCCAGCUAGCAACUGGACGAGCGCUCGGUGGCUGACAUCGGCGAGCAUAUCAAACUCUUCCUAGACAUUCCCCUUAGAUUUUAGCGAAUAUCAGCCGCAUAUCCGCAGCUUGUGAGGUCUCAAUGUUAGUGUAAACUAGAGCUUAGUCGUGCCGUUAUACCUACUCUACUCAUAACUUGCAGAGAAGCUUUGCGUAAUCUGCAAUAAAGUUUGAAUUUAAGACCCGCAACAACUAAUCUCACUUUACUGCUUGAAGACAGAGAGGAGUGCUCGGUUAGCGAUGAAAUUUGAGUCCAACUAUAGUCUACGUAGUUCAAUAAGCUUUAAUCUACUCCGACGCUUACGUUCUUGUCAUAAUAGCUGGUCUUUUACUUUUCUCAGCUCGUAAUUCGUAAACGUUUGUAAUCUCGGCAAGGUCCUAUAAAUUUGUUAGAGGUUGUCAUUGUUAGUUUAUACGAACACAACAUAUUUAAAUUCGUUAGGUAUUCAGUAGAUAUAUUUAUAUCUAUAUAUUAUAGGUUUUAAUUACUAACGCACACAUAUCUAAGAGGGUUAAUAAGGGGAUGAAAGUUUGUAUGGGGUUUAUUUUAAGCUAGGAACUUGAAACUUCGUACAAAGAUAUAUCAUUAAAAUACAAGAAAACUAAUUUGUAUGGAGCUCAACAAUUUUUUUUAAAAUGCGGGACGAAUCUUUGUAUAAAGGCAUAUUAUUGGAAUACAAGAAAAGGUAUUUAAGCGUUUUUAUUAAAUAUUCAUCCCCUAAAAAAUCCAUUACAAAUGCUUUGAAACUUCUUAGAUAAGCAUUGUAUAAGAUUACAAAAAAAAGUUAUUUCAACGUUUUUAAAAAUUCAACCCAAGGGGUUUAAAAAGGGGGUGUAAGUUUAUAUGUGAUACUAAUUUUCUUUCAAGCUAGGAACUUGAAACUUGGUAAAAGGGCAUUAAUUUCACCGUUUUUGAAGUUUGUAUUAAAAUUUUCCAUUGGGAGCGAUAUUUUUUUAAAUAGUGGACUUGAAAUUCUUCUUGAAUUUUUUUAGUUAGGGGCUUUAAACGUCGUAGUUUGUGACAGACAAAUUUCAUGCGUUUUAUAAUUAUUAGCAAAUGAUUAAGCGUCCCUACUGAAUUACUGAUAUCUUUUGCUGCAUAAUGUUCUAUGCUCAUGUAGAAUAUAUAACCAGCAAAGUGUUUAUUUUUCCAAGUCAAAGUACAAACAUACAAAUCCACGCGUACAAAGUCGCGGGCAACAGCUAGUAGUAUAUAAAUGUGCAGUAGGUUCGAUAAUUAUUAAUAAGGAAAUGUUAUAUAGUAGAAGUCCCAAGACCAAGUAUAUACUUAUGAGAUAAGCUGUUAAAAUUAACUAGUUUCCCAUGUUUGUAACUAAUCUUAACAACUUUAAAACUGUUUACUUAAUUAUGUGGCGCGUGGAAAUAUUCAUGUGUACUUUACUAC